AUGAGGUUUCACUACGUCUUGACAAGUUUGAGAUCAUUCUGGAUUCAAUUCUUUGAUGAAUCAUCUAUAGUGCUACCUGUUGAGUUAGGAUGUGACAACUCUGGAUCGAUCAAAUAUUCAGAGAACAAGACUGGAGUUGCUAGUCGAUUGAAACAUAUCGACAUCAGGGACGCUAUGAUUAAGGACUUCUGUACUAGACGACUCAUAAAACCAAUUUGGCACAGUACCAAAUUGAAC